GCAAACUGCUAAUCUGAGCUGAUUUGUGGUGUCGGUCUUUCUUAGAAAUAAAAGCAGACUAGUUAGUUUAGAUAAUCACGCCUCACCAAUCUCUUGAGAAAUAGUCUCGGCUCCAGUUGGGUUGUAAUGUUAGGCAGAAGAAGCAAAACAGCUGAGAGAUUAAUAGAUUUAAAGAUUCGCCGAAUGUCCCAGUACAACGAAUUAUAAGCUUUUCGAAUAUGGGUGAAAUGACAAAAGAGCUUCGCUGUAGUGUGUGCUGUCAUCAACGCUUUGAAAAAGCCCAUCGCAGAACCGAUCCUGCUCUUCAUCAUCAGAUCAGAAAAGGGGGUGGACGCGAACAGACGCAAAGCUCAUUCGCCGGUCGAGAAUCAACCAACGGUGGUGGCAAUACCCGGAUAAGUGUCAUUAAUCAUACUCGUUUAAAGAAAAAGGGAGAUCUACGCGAAAAUCUUCUAACUAAUGAGUUUCCCUUGAAUAAGUUGUGCAAUUGUUGGCGCGAAAAAAUGAAGAAUCUCACAGUGGAAUCGAAGGAAAGUCUCGCAGAGAAGCGCACCGAACGAAGUCUCGUAGACACCGCUAAGCUCCUUCUGAAUACGUUGAAUCAUGUCUUCGUCGGCUUUGUCUUCAUCUACACUAUUUGGGUUUGCUACAGAAACGGUUUCGAGAAGCUUUUCACCUGGCAUGUGAUUCUUUGCGUGUUCGGGUUCCACGUCCUGAUGGCGGAGUCGAUUCUGGCCUUCUACUCGAGUUGUUCUUGGGCAGUUGCUCUGACGCAACCACAGCGUAGAACAACCCAUUGGAUCAUGCAGGUCAUCGGAGCCGUUUGCAUUAUCGUCGGAAUAGCACUUGAGUACUAUUGGCGGGACCGCAAUCCGGAAAAGAGGCACUUCAGUACGACACAUUCGAUACUUGGUCUCGUGGCGUUGAUUCUCCUGGUGUUGAGUAUGUGCAAUGGGCUUGGGUCGCUGUACGCGGUUGAACUGAGGAAACGCAUCAAACCCGUCUACCUCAAGUUGAGUCACCACUUCAUCGGAUUGGCGUGUUUUGUGUUCGGUAUGGCAGCCAUCGUUUUGGGCUACAAUAAGCGAAUCUUCAGGGAGAACUCAACUCCAGAGCUGCAAUUGACGCUGAAAGUGCUGACGGUUUUGGUUAUUUUUCUGAGUGUUCCAGGAGUGCUAAGAACGAUUUUUUCGCAUGUUAGGAAUCUGUUGAGGUGAUUCUGGAAUCAGUAGUCUAAAAGUGUGACAGUUUUUACAAGUAUGAUUACAAAAUUUAAUAAAAAGAUACAGAAAAUGGAAAACAAAUAUGAGGUGCUGCUCACAUUAAAACCGUUGAAGAUAAAAUACACUGUGUCAGCAUUUCGUUAA